AUGGAGGUAUCUCUGUAUCGCAACGCCAAAACUGGAAACAGCUUUGAUUUGACUAUAAUUGAUAAAGACGGGGUGAAAAGCACAGAAAUUACUGGAUUUAUUGGUGAUUGGGGAAUUGCAGAAAAAUAUAAGAAUAUUUCCCAUGUAUUUUGAAUAUUAAUUGUAAUUGGAAUUUUUUGUUGAAAAAUUAUGUAUUGAAAAUUG